ACCUAUUUUCUAUGUUUCUAUACUCAAAUCCUCUACGGCAAGAAUGUCUUUCCUCAGAUUAGGAGACCAAAACUGUACGCAAUACUCCAGGUGUGGUCUCACCAAGACCCUGUACAACUGCAGUAGAACCUCCCUGCUCCUAGACUCAAAUCCUCUACGGCAAGAAUGUCUUUCCUCAGAUUUGGAGACCAAAACUGUACGCAAUACUCCAGGUGUGGUCUCACCAAAGUCGACGGCAAACACAAAGUGCUGGAGUAACUCAGCGGGACGGGCAGUGUCUCUGGAGAGAAGGAAUGGGCGAUGUUUCGGGUCGAGACGCUUCUUCAGGGGUUGGAUGUGUGUUGGAUAAUGUGCAGACGCAGCUUUUCACUGUACCUCGGUGUGAGUAAACUUUUAUAUCCUCGUUUCCUUCAGCAAGUCAAGGACAUUAUCCUGAAAUCCAAUCCUUUGCUGGAAGCAUUUGGGAACGCCAAGACAGUCCGGAAUAACAACUCCAGUCGAUUUGGCAAGUACUUUGAGAUCCAGUUCAGUCGGGGAGGGGAGCCUGAUGGAGGGAAAAUUUCCAACUUCCUCCUGGAGAAAUCCCGAGUUGUCUCACAGAAUCCGGGAGAGAGGAGCUUCCACAUCUACUACCAGCUGCUGAAGGGGGUGAGUCAGGAGGAACGGACAAACCUGGGGGUGACGACCCCCGAUUACUACUACUACCUCAACCAGUCCGCCACGUACACCAUCGAUGACAUGGAUGACGGCCUAGAGUUUGCCGAGACCAUGAGCGCCAUGGCGGUGAUCGGUCUGAGCGAGGACCAGCGCGCGUCCAUGUUGCAGAUCGUGGCGGGCAUCCUGCACGUGGGCAACAUCGCCUUCCAGGAGCAGGGGAACUACGCCGUGGUGGAGAGUGAGGACUGUGAGUCCCGGGGGAGCCGCGGGGGGCCGGGGGGACCGGUAUCCAGGGACGGACGGUCGCCAUGGGGAUGGGGAACGGGGGACCGGUAUCCAGGGACGGACGGUCGCCAUGGGGACGGGGAACGGGGGACCGGUAUCCAGGGACGGACGGUCGCCAUGGGGAUGGGGAACGGGGGACCGGUAUCCAGGGACGGACGGUCGCCAUGGGGACGGGGAACGGGGACCGGUAUCCAGGGACGGACGGUCGCCAUGGGAUGGGGGGAACGGGGGGACCGGUAUCCAGGGACGGACGGUCGCCAUGGGGAUGGGGAACGGGGGACCGAUAUCCAGGGACGGACGGUCGCCAUGGGGAUGGGGAACGGGGGACCGAUAUCCAGGGACGGACGGUCGCCAUGGGGAUGGGGAACGGGGGACCGGUAUCCAGGGACGGACGGUCGCCAUGGGGAUGGGGAACGGGGGAGCG